AAUUACAUCAUCAGUGAAGCUCCUCCCACACCGUUCACAUCCUCAGGGAAGCUCCGCCCCCAGCAGUUCCCCAAUAAAUGCUGGAAUAGUCCCAUCAGUUUACAACAGCAUCAGAUCAUCAGGAAGAGCUGAAAUCUGCAAGGACUGAGUUUCUUAAAGAGGACAGAGAGAAGAUGAGAGAUCCAGAACCCUGCAGAACCAAACUCACUGAAGACACUGAAGAACUAACAGAUCUGAUGGAAGAAAGCGAGGAGAGUGAAGAACUGAGUGAAGCAGAGGAGAAACAUCACGAGAACCCUGGAGAAAAACCUUUGAGUCGCUCAAAGACUAAAAAGACAUUUUUAAAUAAAAGAAGAGUCAAGAAAUCUUUGACCUGCUCUCAGUGUGGAAAGAGUUUCUCAACCAAACAACAUCUUGAUGUUCACAUGAGGAUCCACACUGGAGAGAAACCAUUCACAUGUGAUCUGUGCGGGAAGAGCUUCACACAAAAAAUACAUCUUACAAAACACAUCAAGAUCCACACCGGAGAGAAGCCGUUUAUCUGUGAUCAGUGUGAGAAGAGAUUUACAAACAAGAAUAGUCUUGAGCUUCACGUGAGAGUUCAUGCUCGCCAGAAACCGCUGACAUGUGAUGAGUGUGGAAAGAGAUUCAAGUGCCAGAAGAAUCUUGAGCUUCACAUGAGAAUCCACGCUGGAGAAAAGCCGUUCACCUGCUCUCAGUGUGGAAAGAGUUUCAAAAAUAAACGUAAUCUUGAUGUUCACAUGAGGAUUCAUACAGGAGAGAAACCAUUCACAUGUAAUCAGUGCGAGAAGAGCUUCACACAGAAACCACAUCUUACGAGUCACAUGAAGAUCCACACUGGAGAGAAACCUCACGCAUGUGAUCAGUGCGGGAAGAGCUUCACAGAUACAGGGAGACUCAAGAGACACAUGAGAGUUCACUCUGGAGAGAAGCCGUUCACGUGUGAUCUGUGCGGGAAGAGCUUCCCAUUUAAACAAAACCUCAAUCUUCACAUGAGCAUCCACACCAGAGAGAAACCGUUCAUGUGUGAUCAAUGUGAAAAGAGCUUCUCAAACAAACAAUGUCUUGAGCUUCACAUGAGAGUUCACACUGGAGAGAAGCCGUUCACGUGUGAUCUGUGCGGGAAGAGCUUCACACAGAGAGCACAUCUUAAGGGACACAUGAGGAUCCACACGGGAGAAAGACCGUAUGCAUGUGAUCAGUGUGGAAAGACUUUCACACAAUCACCACACCUUAAAGAACACAUGAAAAUCCACACCGGAGAGAAACCAUACAUGUGUGAUCAGUGUGAAAAGAGAUUUACAUACAAACAUGAACUUACUAUUCACACGAGGAUCCACACCGGAGAGAAGCCGUAUGCUUGUGAUCAGUGCGGCAAAAGAUUUGUUUCUGGAUCAAACCUGAAGAAUCACCUGACAGUUCAUACGAAGGAGAAGCCACAUUCAUGUUCUGAUUGUGGAAAGAGUUUUUCACUUCCGCAAAGUUUAAAAGGACAUCAGAAAAUACAUACCGGUGAAAAAUCUUACAUGUGCUUUGAGUGUGGGAAGACUUUUAUUUCAGCAAACUGUUUAAAACUGCACCAGAGGAUUCACACUGGAGAGAAACCUUACAAGUGUUCACACUGUGACAAGAGAUUCAGUCAGUCAGCAAGUCUGAGAAAACACGAGACGAUCCACAGCAGAGAGAAACCACACACAUGUGAUCAGUGCGGGAAGAGUUUUGCUUUUAAAAAUCACCUGAAGAUACACAAGAAGAUCCAUGCAGCGGAGAAACCUGAUCAGCGCAGUCUGAGAUCCCUGUAACAGAAAUGAGUCGAACCAGACAAAUUAAAGAGUCUAUCAAAGCGGUGUUUGUAACACGAGCCGAAUUCCUCAGGAAGUCAUAAAACACUCUGUGCCACCAGUCCCAAGGAAGAUAACCAACCAACCAACUUGUUCACACAACAGCUUUCAACAUUAACACCACUAGAACAAUUAUUGACAAUUUUAAUUCACAGAAGAGAUUGUCAAAUUUGUUGUUCGUAAUUGAAAUGCAACACUGGACAUCACGUGGAAACCCAUGAGUUACACACUUCCAUUUACUUCCCCCCCACCCAGCAGAA